AUGUACACUAGCGUGAGCACCCUCGUGGCUCAUGGAAGCGCUGAUCUUGUAUACCAGGAGCGUUAUCGCCUAGCCUACUGGCUACGUGGUCCUCGACUCCAUCCUGACACAACCCCCGAUCACUGCAAGCCUGAUGUUGACCCGGCCACACAGAGUUUGCUGCAGCUGUUGCCCGAUCUCAUACGCGCCCAUCGUAAACGCGAAGCCCACGAGAGCAAACGCGAGGCCGACCCUCUGGCAGAAGAGAGCAGCCCUGUUGGCAAGGUGGGGUGGGCUGGUCAUGACAGCCACGGCAAUAGUUAG